CCUAUUCUAGCUGUUGAAGUCGAUCUAGUUGGUUCUCCCAGUAUUGCACCUAAAAGAUUGGAUUUUCUUCGUCUCAUAAUUUAUACAAAGAAGAAGGACCAGUCUCUGGCAUCAGAUUGAGAAGAAGAAUAAAGCUUAAGGUGUAGUCUUGGUCUCUUCGAAACACAUAAAAGAUUGGGGUGUUUGGGUAAAUUGGAAAGCAAGAAACAGCAGCCUUUCUGGGUCCGAUUCAAGUUUCCGUAAGGGGUAUUGCAAACUAUUUAGGGUCAUGAAGUGUUUCCAAUUCUACAUCGGUAAAAAGAAGGGGGAACUGAAGAUGACAACGUUGAAUUCUGUUCAGUCCUCUUUUGCUGAUCAGGAAGUGAGGCCAUCAGGAUCUGAAUUCAAUUCUCAGAAUGUUUCAGGUACAAGCACAGAGUCCAGAGGAAGGAGCCAAUUUCCAAAUUUGUCCGAAAGGCCCAGCAAUCUCAAAGUUUUUACAUUUUUGGAGCUGAAACAAGCUACAAAAAAUUUCAGCCGCUCUGCCAAGCUCGGGGAAGGUGGAUUUGGAUGUGUGUUUAAAGGCGUGAUAAGAGAUUCUCAAGAUCCAACUAAAAAACUUGACAUCGCUGUUAAACAACUCGGUCCAAGAGGGAUGCAGGGUCAUAAAGAAUGGGUGACAGAAGUUAAUGUUCUUGGUGUUGUUGAACAUCCAAAUCUCGUGAAGCUCAUUGGCUAUUGUGCUGAAGAUGAUGAAAGAGGAAUCCAGCGGCUUCUGAUAUAUGAAUAUAUGCCUAACAGAAGUGUAGAAGAUCAUUUAUCAACUAAGUCAGAGAUACCUCUCUCUUGGGAUAGGAGGCUGAAGAUAGCCCAAGAUGCAGCUCGUGGCUUAGCGUACCUGCACGAGGAAAUGGAUUUUCAGAUCAUCUUCCGAGAUUUCAAAUCUUCAAACAUUCUCCUAGACGAGCAAUGGAAUGCUAAGUUAUCAGACUUCGGAUUGGCUCGUUUGGGCCCUGCAGAAGGACUGAGUCACGUAUCAACUGCGGUUGUUGGAACAAUGGGAUAUGCAGCUCCUGAGUAUGUUCAAACUGGUCGUCUCACAUCCAAGAGUGAUGUGUGGAGCUAUGGUGUCUUUCUUUUCGAGCUAAUUACAGGUAGGCGCCCCUUGGAUCGAAAUCGCCCCAGAAAGGAGCAAAAACUCUUAGAAUGGAUAAGACCAUACUUAUCAGAUGCUAAGAAGUUUCAGCAAAUAUUAGACCCAAGACUUGACUGGAAGCAUUUCCACAAUUCAGCCCAGAAGCUGUCGAUUGUAGCCAACCGCUGCUUGGCCAGACAUCGAAAAGCACGCCCAAAUAUGAGCGAAGUUUUGGAAAUGGUGAAUAAAGUAGUGGAGGCAUCGACUGGGGUAGGCAAUCCACAGACUCCUUUGAAACGUAGAGAGCGAAGGCCAACUCCUGGGGAAACUAAAGCUCAAGAUAAAAGGAGACUCAUUCAUAAGAAAAUUGGCGCCAGAGGUUGACUCAUUUCGAUGUGCUCAUGAAACCCUGUAAAGACCUGAUUCUGAAGGAUCAAGAGUGUAAAUACCGAAUUAUUUUUGGUGUAUGCACAAAAAAUGCUGUUGUACAAGGUGAUGACAUUUUUUACAUCAAACAGAGGGUAAUGAGCGGUUAACGUUAGCUUUGAUCUUCUGCCAAAAUUAUUACGGAGUUUUCUUCUUGGGCUUUACAGCAAACUCGAGAAACGGAGAAAUGUAGACUAUUGCUGCAGAAGCUCUGUGUGAAGUGAUGGUAAUUAGCUUGUAGCUUUUGAUGAUAAUCAGAGAGUCAAGAAUUGUGUUUUAUCUUUUUUUCUGCAGAUUUUACAAAACUUGAAUAGAUAGAAACUACAUAACAGUGUUAUAUAGAUAUAUGAUUUAAUAUUUAA